GGGACACCAGCACCAGGCACUCCAAGCAGAUGCCAAUAUAAAGAUAGGUAUGGGUAUACCUGGGUUUACCAGCGGAAUAUCAGCCCUGACUGUACCUAAAACCACAGGAUUUUUAGAAAAAUUGAAAAGGAUAAACCUGCUGAAACACCUCACUUUUAGAUAAAGAAGCUAAAAAUUAAGAGAUUAAGGUCUUGCCGUAUGUGACACCAUCAGUUUUAGGCUGGGCCAAAUUAGAACACCAGUCUCCAGAAUCUCCCAUAUUUUAACGACUGAUUGGAAGCAGCGGCAACAGUGCUUCGAAUGGUUCUUCUUAGAGCUGAGCCAAAGACCAUAAUGCAGAUGGGAAGCUUUGUCUACCAUACUCUCUUUACUGAUGGAAUCACUUACCUAUGUGCCACAGACAAUGCCUUGGAUACUAUAACACCAUCUGCAUUUCUUAAAAACGUUAGCGACACUUUUCUGAGAAAUCCUUUGAUGUCACAAGAACAUUUUUCUCCUUCAAAUGCAGUUGCUGCAGAUUUUCAACAAGUAUUAGGGAAGUAUAUGAUGCAAUACAAUAAAAAUCAAGGUGAUAGCUCAAUAUCUACACUGAGGAGCCAAGUAACUGAAGUAAAAAAUAUUAUGUCCAAAAAUAUUGAUGAAAUUUUGGAAAAUGAAGAAAGAUUGAAUAUCUUCACUGAUAAAACCAAUGAUCUCCAAACAACUGCCAAAGAGUCCCAAAAAACAAGAAAGAUUCUCAGGAGGAUAUGGUGGAAACACUUCAGAAAGAUUAUAAUCAUCACCGUGGUAAUUCUCCUCUCAAUCAUCAUCAUUCUUUUAAGUACAAAUGUAAUACCAACCUGACCCUGACCCUUUUUCUCCCCAUCCCCAGCAGUUACCAAUAAAUUGUUGUGUGUAAAUAGAGAGUUCUACAAUCAACAAUUAUGAAAUAGCAUUCUCCAGUGGUAGGAAGACUGAAGGAAGAGGGUUUUGGAAGUUUUUCCUUGUCCUUGUAGUGUGCUUUAUUAAUUUUCGUACCUCUUCCAUUUCUGUAAUGCUGCCAGUUUUUUCCCCACUGCUCCAGCUACUUCCCCAGCCUCUCUGCCCUUUGUUAAGAUUAAAAGCACAAACCCUGGAAUCAGACCACUGAAGUUUAACUCUCCACCCUGCAAGAUACCAUCAGGUGACUUUGGACAAGUUGUUUAGCCUGUGUCUGUGUUCCCUCAUCUGUAAAAGGGAGCUAGUAAUAAUACCACAUAGAAUUAUGUCUACCACAUAGUAAAUGCUAUUUAAGUGUUAACUAUUACUUAACAGGAAAAAAAUGAUUGCAUUUUUGGCAUUAAAUCCCUAAUAUUUUCCUUCUUACUCAGAAGAAAAAUGACUGUGAUCUCAUUAAUUGCCUUAGAAAUAGAAGUCUUGUGGUGCCUGGGUGGCUCAAUUCGUUGAGUGUCCAACUCUUGAUUUUGCUCAGGUCAUAAUCCCAGGGUCAUGGGAUCGAGCCCGACAUUGGACUCUGUACUGAGCA